AUGGGAGCCACUACAAGUCACUUGAGAUGCUUAACAAAUAUUGCUGGGUUGUCAAGUCUGGUACUUUCGCUUUUCCCCAAGUUGAUAAUAAAAAACCCACAAGUUCUUAGGCCUUUGUUAAAUGUAAGUUGGGGAUAUUUAUUUGGUUCAACAUUUUGGUUAUGUAUAUUUUCGGAUGUUGGGUUAGUGAGAAGUUUAAAAAAUAUGAGACGAACAGUAAUUCCGGAAGAUGCAGAAGAAGCAAAAAAGCAGUUAGAAGAAAUGAAUAAGUCAGAAGAGGGUUUUAAAAGAAGGAAUAAAGAUUUUCAAUAUUUUUUUAGUUUUUCUACUUUAUUUUCUGGUAUUCUGUUACUUACAACAGUUAGACUUGCUAAUCAUAAUUUACAAUUAAGAAUCAGUUCAUCAGUUGUUGCUUUGUCAUGUCUAUUAAAUAAUUUAUAUUUGCAUAGCAAAAUUUAUAAUUUAAAAUUGAAGAAAGAAAAUUUAUACAGUGAGCUAAUUGAAAAUCCAAAAGAUGAAAAAAUUAUUGCAGAUAUAAAAAAAAAUAAAAAAGAAUUUCAUUUGUACCAUGGUUUAUCACUUUUAUCGUUAUACAUAUCCUUUUUGGGUUUAACCCCUUAUGUGUUUACAUAA